GAAGGAAGCAACAUGCAGAUCGAACGGGUAGUAUGAGGCUUUGAAGAUGAGAAUGCUCCAGCGCUGGGGAGAAAUGGGCUAGGCAGACACCUGCAAGCAAGAUUUGAGCCUCAUUUUAUUGUUAUGUUCUGCGCAGUCAGCACUAUGACUGAUGGUGACUAUGAUUAUCUCAUCAAGCUCCUAGCUCUGGGGGACUCCGGAGUGGGGAAGACCACCUUUCUGUACAGGUACACCGACAACAAGUUCAACCCCAAGUUCAUCACCACAGUGGGAAUAGACUUCAGGGAAAAGAGAGUGGUAUACACGGCGACCAACUCCAAUGGGACCACAGGGAAGACGUUCAAAGUGCACCUUCAGCUCUGGGACACAGCCGGACAGGAAAGAUUCAGGAGCUUGACGACAGCCUUCUUCAGAGAUGCCAUGGGCUUCCUGCUCAUGUUUGAUCUCACCAGUCAGCAAAGCUUUCUGAAUGUCAGGAACUGGAUGAGCCAGCUCCAGGCCAAUGCGUACUGUGAAAAUCCAGACAUAGUAUUAGUUGGUAAUAAGGCAGACCUUGCUGAUCAGAGAGAAGUCCAAGAGAAGCAGGCAAAGGAACUUGCGGACAAGUACGGCAUCCCUUACUUUGAGACGAGCGCAGCCACAGGCUCAGAGGUGGACAAGGCCGUGAUCACUCUCCUGGACCUGGUGAUGAAGCGCAUGGAGCAGUGCGUGGACAAGCCCGCCCAGGAGGCCCCCAACGGGGAAGGCACCAGCAAACUGGAGGCCGCUCCACCCAACGAGAAAAAGUGUGCAUGCUAGACUGACCGUGCCCCCACCCCUCUCGCCUCGCCUUCCCCACCCACACUCCCUCCCGCCCCCCCACGCUGGUACGGCAGGGCCUCCUUCUCCGCGGACAGACACAUACAGAGAUACAAUGCAGUCAGAGGUUAUACCAUGGAGGCGUGGCCUACCAGUUCUGGCCCGUCUCAUUGGUGCCCUUGGACGGUCACUAUAUUUCAGAACAUUUAUGAAGCUCAUUGACCUGCCUUGCCUGCCAAGCUAAAACCCCCCUUGCUCCCAUCCAAUGCCUGUUUAUCCACAUCAGUUUACCAAUUGUUCAAAUGUCCCCUCUGUGAUAUGAAAACAAAGCCUUAUUAUUGAACGUGAAAUAGGUCUCAGUUUUAGCAAGGGUACGAGUAACUCGGUGGUAGUUAUUCCAAGCGGAUGGCCUGGUUCUGUCACACAUUGAGUGGAAGUUCAAAGCACGGUGCUGGUCCUCCUGGACUCUGCUGUGCACCACUUCCUGUUCUCGUCAUGACAUCUCGUUCAUGACACCACCCUGGCAGAUGCUGGUUUUCAAAGGCCACAUUAACAACUCCUGUAGUUUGGAAUUGCCCUACUAGGAUUGAUGUUCAUAUCCCUUUCACUUUCAUAAGCAACAGAUAUUAUAAAGUACUACCUGUUACACAAGAAUACGUUACAGUAUAUCAACAAUUAUGACCUAGAUGGUUUUAUUUUUGGUGCCUGUUUUUUCAUAUACGUCCCAGUGGAGCUUGAUAUGGCUUGGAUU